UGCUUUCUUUUUGAGUUUUUGGCAAAUGAGAAAAAGUAAAAAGAGAAAUGGCAGCGGAAGUACCGCUCCUCUAUGCAAGAGUCCGACGCCGAGUUGAAAAUUUCAGAAGGAGAGCCGGAAGCAGAGAAGAGAUCAAAACACAAAAAAAAACUUAAGCCGAGGUGCCUCCCUCACUCCUAGCUGGCACAGCCUGGCAGUGCCCACGAGUCCACAUGUGUUCUAAACCGACCCCCUUCGGAAAGCACCACAGCACCCACAUUCCUUUUGCAAACAUGUACUCUUCUAGAUAAACGUACACAGUACUGCACAUAUUGCUUAAUGUUUAAGGACUCGUCACUCCUGUCAUACCCACAUCAUGGUCCUUAACYGCAUCAUCCAGUCUGGACAAGCUCCUUCACCCCUGGCCACUGACACAUGCUUCCAAUUUCCCCCCAAACGAGAAAUUCAAUCCAAGAAGAUGCAAAAAACUGAAUAGUGAURAGAAGCAUGUCAGGGUGCGGACUCCUGAUCUACACAUGGCAUUGCUCCUUCAAGUUAGCCGCCCCCUUCAAUUAUGCACACACUUCUACACCCAUAACCACAUCAUCCACAUGCCCCCAACCGAGAAAUCAAGAAGAUGCAAAAACAAAAACUGUUGAAAAGCAUGCCAACGAUAUAUUUGGCCUCUCUCCACAAAAGCAUUCGGUACACACCAGCAAGAACAAUCUGUCUACAGACUCUACACCACUUUGCAGACGUCGAUCCAUGUCAACGAUAUAUUUGGCCUCUCUCCACUGUGGCCAUCUGUGUGGAGAUCAAUCUGCUUGUCUUCCUCCAUUGGGACCUCAAUGCAGAGGAACUUGUGGGCACUGACAUCCAGGAUGAAACGAAAGCUAAUUCCCUCAGUGCCUCAGUCCCUCAGUCCCUCCGUCCCUCCGUUGCUCCUUUUGGGAAUGCUUGUCCAAAGUGGUCCUCUUUCAACACCCAAACUCCCCGCAAAAAGCACCCUUGUAGCAGAUAGUGCAAGUGCAAACUUCUGUGCCGUCGCACGUCCAAUGGUAAGUGUGGAGGCAGCCGAGCUUCCAGGACAGGACAUCUGUGAGACCGGAGCAGUGGUCCUCGCACAAGCCCUCGCAUUGUGAAGGGGUGUCGUACGUGUUGUAGCGUACUAGAGGUUCUGCAUAGACUCC